CAUCGACAUCACACCGACUCCAGCAUGGCCGAAGAGAACCGCAGUCUCCGCUCCGUAUACGAUGAGGCCGAAAAGAAACGCAGCACAAUCGAAUCCAGCUUCGACAGCAACGCCGCCAGCUUCCAAGACAACCUAACAACCACAAUCCAACUCUACGAAGAAUGUCUCAAAAUCGCCGACCAAAUCUCCCUCUUCAGCCCCAAUGAAUCUCUCGAAGACAUCACAACCGAAAACCUCCAGUACCUCCUCCUCAACUACCGCAUCUCCGAACUCAUCCUCCGCCUCAACUCUCGCGAGCACCGCAAAUCCAACCUCCACCAAGCCCAAAACCACUACGAACGCUACCUCAAACGUCUCGACAACUACGAUCUCCUCUCAAAAGAAGAUUUCACUCUCUUCGAACAAUACCAAGAAUCCCCCAACAAAUUCUCCACAGCCUCCUCAACCGACGCUGCAGCCCGGCGGGAAACAAAAAUCAAACGAUUCAAAGAAGAGAAAGCAUUGAAAGAGAAGUUGGCGUAUAUACGACAGAAUCCUCGGAUCUUACAAGAAGACGAUGAUAAGGCUCGAGAACUCCACCUCACCAAUAUCGCAUACUGUACACAUCAAACUUUCGCUUCACUAGAAUCCAUCGCGCAGGAAUUACAUAUUCUAUCACUCGCGCCUCCAACUCCCCCACCAGAUCCGCGGGGUCAAAGCUCUUCCGAUGCACGCGACAGAGGGCGUUUCGCAGAAGGCUACUCCGAUCGUCUCGAUGGUCCACAACACCUUUCCGCAGGAAUGAAAGGACCUCUACUAGACGCCAAAGGCAAACCUCUUCGACCAUUCACAUUAUUACCGAGACAAGAGUUGAAGCAAGGAGUUUUCCGACCGGAUCAUAGUCUGCCAACGAUGAGUAUUGAUGAGUACUUGGAGGAGGAGAGACGGAGAGGCGGGAUGAUUGAGGGUGGAGGCGAGGCGAGUCGGCAGACGAAGGAGGUGGAUGAGGAUGAUUAUGAGGCGGCGGAUCGGGAGACGAUGAAGGCGAGAGAGUGGGAUGAGUAUGUGGAGGCGAAUCCGAAGGGGAGUGGGAAUACGAUUAAUCGUGGGUGAAGACAGCAGCAUUUUGAAGACAGC